AAGCAGCAGCAUCACACACGGAGCUACAAGUGGAGGGCGUAUGAUAUUUAGAUUUUCUUGUUAAUUUGCAAAGAAAAUCUAAAUAAAUGAACAUAUUUAGUCAUGUUUUCUUGAGAUGACGACGCUACGGAGGCUUUAAUAACGCCGAUUUAGCCGGUGGUUCAUUGACUGGAGUUGCCCUGGAUUUGCUUGGUCCCGUGCAAAGGGUGGGCUGGAGACAUGCACCCUCCAUCUCGACAGGACUAUGUGGCUAUAACACUUGGACAAAGGGGUGGCACUUACAACAAUGGUAAACAGUGGAGGAGGCAGUCCUGCUGGAGGAAAUGGAAGCAGCUGUCGAGACUCCAGCGCAGCCUCAUCCUCUUCACCCUGGUUCUGCUUCUGAUCUGUGGACUGGCCUCUUACCCAACCCUCACUGACCACCUCCGAGCAGGUGAGGAGGAGACCAUGCACCCACUCGUUGCUCGCGUUCUACCAGAGCCAGCUAAACCGGGCCAACUCCCCCUACUCCCCCGACCUGAACAACCAUCUAAGAGGAAAUUAUCCAACAAGAGAGGACCACCAUUACUUCAAAAUCUCCAGCCAAAGAAUGGAAAUGCCUCGAACACAGUUGAAGACAAGGCCGGGGGCGGUAAGGAGGGAGACGAGAAAGGAGUCAUCAGUUGGCGAGGAGCUGUGAUUGAAACUGAACAAGGAACAGAAGGCGCCAAAGAUGUAGGGGCCAAAGAUGACGCUGCAGGCAACCAGGAAGCAAAAACAGUCAAGGAGUCGGAUCAUUCCAAUCACAAUAUGACAGAAGCAGAUUGGCUGGCUGCGGUGAAGGACUCUUUCAGACAUGCAUGGCAGGGAUACAAGGACUUCGCCUGGGGUCAUGAUGAGCUCCGGCCCAUCUCCAAAUCCUACAGCGAGUGGUUCGGCCUGGGGCUCACCCUCAUCGACGCCCUGGACACGAUGUGGAUUAUGGGGCUCAAAACUGAAUUUGAAGAAGCAAAAGCCUGGGUGGCCACAGAACUCUCCUUUAACAAAAACGUGGAUGUGAACUUGUUUGAAAGCACCAUUCGGAUCCUUGGAGGACUGCUCAGCACCUAUCACCUAACCGGAGACGCAUUGUUCCUGGAAAAAGCUAAGGACAUAGGCUCUCGUCUGAUGCCAGCGUUCAAAACCCCGUCUAAGAUCCCGUACUCGGACGUGAACAUUGGCAAAGGCACCGCCCACCCUCCACGCUGGACCUCAGACAGCACCGUGGCAGAAGUCACAAGUAUCCAGCUGGAGUUCAGAGAGCUCAGCCGACUCACACAGGACCCGCAGUACGAGGCGGCGGUGGCUGAGGUGAUGAACAAAGUGCAUAAGCUGGACGGUAAACUGGACGGGCUGGUCCCCAUGUUCAUAAACACAAACAGCGGGCAGUUCACCCACCAGGGCACCUUCACUCUGGGGGCCCGCGCUGACAGCUACUACGAGUACCUCCUCAAGCAGUGGCUCCAGGGGGGCAAGAAGGAGACGCAGUUUCUGGAGGAUUAUCUUCAGGCCAUAGAGGGAGUGAAGAAGAACCUGGUGCAGAGGACUUCACCAAACGGACUCACGUUUGUGGGAGAGCUUUCGCACGGACAGUUCAGCCCCAAAAUGGACCAUCUUGUUUGCUUCCUGCCUGGGACUCUGGCCCUGGGAACUCACAAUGGCCUUCCCCAGGACCACAUGGAUCUGGCCAAACAGAUGAUGGAGACGUGCUACCAAAUGUAUAAACAAAUGGAGACCGGGCUGAGUCCAGAGAUAGUCCACUUCAACAUGCACCAAGGCAGCGUGCGUGACAUCGAAGUCAAGUUGGCUGACAGACACAACCUGCUGCGACCAGAGACUGUGGAGAGCCUCUUCUACCUUUACAGAUUCACAAAGGAUCAUAAGUACCGGCAGUGGGGCUGGGAAAUACUGCAAAACUUUAAUAAGUAUACAAAGGUCUCCUCCGGCGGCUACACGUCCGUCAACAACGUUCGGGACCCGGACUACCCCAGCCCCCGGGACAAGAUGGAGAGCUUCUUUUUGGGAGAGACCCUCAAGUACCUGUACCUGCUUUUCUCCGACGACUUCAAGCUCAUCAACCUGGACGAGUACGUCUUUAACACCGAGGCCCACCCCCUGCCCAUAUGGCCUUCCUCUGCCGCGUGAGCCAUGGACGCACACAAACCAACCGCACAAGAUAAUCUCAGGGUCAGUCCAACAUGGAGGAGCAGGACUUUUCUUACCCUGAACUCAAGUCUGUUUGUUGAGCCAUGGCUAAAACAGCAAAUAUGGCAAAACUGGGCGUCAAAGCAUUAUUUCAUUUUCUUUAAAGAGGGGGUAUUAUGCUGAAUUUAUUUUUAUUAUUUUUUAGCAUUCCACCUAGUUGUAAAGUUGUUCUCUCAUCAGAAACAUGCCUGAAGAGGUUUGAUAGGUCAACCAUGCAUGUUUAGAAGCCCAGAAUUUGACCCUCUUCCUAUUAAUUUAUAUUAGCGGGGGCCCAUGUGUGGCUCCUUGCCCUGGGCCCCCAAAUUUCUGUAGACGGACCUGAUGCUCCCACACGACAAUUCUCCAUAAAUAUACAAAAAACAUGAUAUAAAACUACAACUGAACAACGUGAUAAACCUGAUGUGACGUGCAGUAGUUUAAUUAACCAGCUGCACGCUCAUUGUGUUGUGAUAGCGCUCUGAAGGAGUAGUGACAAAAAUGAAAGCAAAAUGUAUAAAACAAGCCAAUACGCUGUUUUCGCCAAAUAUAGCAUUUUAAAAACGAUAAAAGUGAUCUAAAUAUGUUAUGUGUUAGCAGUUAGUACCCCAUAGGGAAAAAAAAAAGUAAAAUACCCCCUCUUGAAAGGUGUAUUGUGUAAUUUUUCCAGUGGAGGGCCCUUCAAAUCUUUGUUAUUGCUUUGUUUGGAAUGUUUCACAGUAUUAAACUUUUCUAUCUUCAUGGAGACCAAACCAGACCAAGUUACAGGUCAGAUCUUUGGAGAGGCAACUCCGCUCACAGCCAAGAAUACCCGUUUUUCAAGGUAUUUUUCAGCUAUAAAGCCACCUGUAAUUGAAUAUAUGUAAGGUAGACAUGUUUAACUUCAUUUAAGGGUGGAACAUUCCAGGCGGAACAAUGACAUAUCCAUAAAAACAAGCAGGCGAUGGACCCAAAACCAAAAAGUUACACAUUGAACCUUUAAAUGUUAACUUUUUUGCAGAGGAAUGUUUUGAGUGAUUUCAGCAAAACUCAAAUCUUAAUUGUGUGUAAUGAAAGUGAUAGAGGACCUGCGCAGGUUUUAAGAAAAUUAUAUUUAUGUAACGCGUAAUUUGCAGGAUGUUUUGUAAAAGCAUUUAGCACUGUCUAGCAAGCAAACUUUGGUGGAUGAAGUAAUCAAUUUUGUUACUUAAGUAAAAGUACAGAUACAGUGGCAAAAGAUUAUUCUCACAUGAAAAAAUCGACUUCACGAAAGCUAUUGAAGUACCUGUUAAAAAUAAAAAAAAAAGUUAAAAGUAAAAGUAUUUUGAACAAUUAAAGCAUCAAAUGUAGUUAUUUUAAAAUGUUUGGUGGUUUAAGUGAUUCAAUAGAUUUCUUAAUUUUUCUAUCUGGUUUUGUGUAUUUGGUUUGCUCAAAGUUGAGACGUUAACUCAAAUUAAAUGUGCUAAAAAUAAGUCUCAGCGAAUAAAAAAGCACUUUUUACUUUUUGUUCCAGAUCUAAAAUGUUCUGGAGUCGAAAGUACCUACUGCUAUCUGCUUUAAAAAAUAGUGAAGUAAAAGUAAAAAGUAUCCACUGUAAAACUGACUCAAGUAAAGUGCAGAUACCGAAAAAUUGUACUUGAGUAGCGUACUUUUACUUUUGUACUUUGUUACCUUCCACCAAUGCAUAGAAUAGAUGGAAGAUGUGUUUUGCCCUACACCUGAUGAUCUGAUGUACUUAAAGGAGAAGUGCGUGUAUUUUUAUCUAUAGGUAUUUUAAGAAGUUAUUGUAAUCAACUGAAGCUCCUUUGGUAUGUCAUGGUUUGAAAUUCCUUACAAGUUUAGGAACAACAAGUGAGCGACCUUGAAUUGGUAUUUUUGGAAGAAAUUUGCACGAUUUAGUCAAAACAAGAAACUAACAAAGGCUCCAUUUAUCAGAUGCGUGUCCUAGCAACGCAAAGCAGACAAAAGCAAGACAGAACCCUUCUAAAAGUGCUGUGACCAAAAACUACAGAAAACCAAAAUGUUAUGGUCGUGUUAGUAUAUUUUUAUUACAAACACUGAUAAAUAAAAAGGCUGAUUAUUUCCCACGUUAAUAUUACGAGAACUGAUCUAACUUGUAUUUUAAAGGUCCUGUAUUACGCUGUUUUCUGAUCUGUGUUUCCUCAUCACAAACAUACCUGGACUUGUGUUUUGUUGUUGUUUCAUUCACACAAGUUUAACACACAAACCCUACAUAUUUAGGUUGUGUUCUCAAACAGAAAACACUCAUUUCCACCUUAUGAUGUCAUGUUAAUACAGGAAGUGAUCUGCUUAGUUUUUAAACUUAAUAAACCUUCACUAGAAUCAUUUGGAUAAUUUCAGUCCUGGAAUUGCCGAUCUCUACUGAACAAAAAGUAAAAGUUAGCCGUUAACUUGACAACUACCACUUCAUGACAUCACAAGGUGGAACAGUCUGUCUUCAUAUUAAACGCUGAAAAUGCACUGAUAAUAAAAGAUUACUCAAACAUGUGUGAAUGAAACAAAACACAACUCCAGGUAUGUUUUUGUAUGUUUGAGUCAAUUUUGUGUAAUAUAGGACCUUUAAACCAUUGGUGUAUAGAAAACUAAUGCAUUAUCUAAUUUCUUAAAACAGAAUAUUGUCAAAUUUUACCUGUUUACAUUGUUUAUGCUGUAGUUAACUAUCCACUAUUUGACUAUUUGUACCAUUGUUAUACCUCAGUUUACCUCGCAGUAUUCCAAGACAAGCUGUCUAGCCAGCCGUGGAACUAAAGUGAUUGAUAGUUUUGCAUAGUACUUGUUUACUUACUCACAAUAUUGCAGGGUUUCAGACAAUAUUAUACUAUGAAAUAUUACAUACAGGGAGCAGCUAAAAUUAAUAUAGUUUAAUUAGUUGUAAUACAGUGAGUUCUUGGUUGUAGUGGUGUAGAAAACUAGGGAAAACUGUCUCUUGCCCCCCAUUCGGAAGUAAAAUAUGUCAUUAUUAUAUUUUAGAAUCUGAAAAUUUCCAAGUAAAAAAUACAAUAAGUUCUCUGUAAUGGAUGGAGCUAAAAAUGUAGCUUUGAUUGACUUUAAGGUGGGACUAUUGACUGUGAAACCAAUCGGAGAAACUGGGAAACCAUCAAAAGCUCAUUACAGUCAGGGCCGUCGCUAGAAAUUUGGGGGCCUGGGGCAAGAAGACUCACAUGGGCCCCCUUCUAGUAUAAUUUUUUUUUUGAAUUGUCAGAUGUAGGGCAAACACACGUAUAAGUACAGAUAUAAUUCCUGUUUCUGUUUAAUACCAGUACAUUCAAGAGGGAAACCAGUUGCACAAAUGUAGCAUCCGUGUUCCAUCUUCUCCCAGUUUUUGCCAAUCAGCACAAGUUACUGUGAAGACUUUUCUCUUCUUUUACAAAUAUUUUCAAAUGUUGCGCUUUUUUGUCUGAGCAGCUGCUAUUUUGAAUGUAAUUUUAUUGUAGUCCUGAUUUGUAGUGUUGUCAGAUUAUAGUUGGAUCUUAAUAUAUUGAUUUGUAGUGUUUGUACAAUGUAAAAUAGUCCGCUAUGAAUUCUUGUAAAUCUCUUUAGUUCGCUUCAUCUUUUUUGAAUUUGUAUCGAGACCAAAUUUUGUAUUUCGUGCUAAUUUUUCCGGAAAUGUCCUUGUUGUGCCUUUAAUGUUGCUUCAGAGACCAUUGACCAUUGUCCUGUCCAUACAAGCUGUUUCUACUGCCACAUUCUCACUUGCAGUAUCCAUGGGUUUCGGAACGGCGGAAAACUUGGGGCUUGUUUUGCCGUAGCGAUUAACAAUUUAAAACGAAAUAUUAUCUUUUUUAAUUGGAAAAGUAUUCAAAAUGGUGCGUCAAACAAAAGCUGAGACCCACGGAUUAGGGUUGUCUGACAAAAGUAUCAAAAAUUAGAUUGUACUCGCUAUUGAAGCUACUAGAUACUCAUUUGAGCAGGUAAAAAACGUCACAUUCACAGGACAGAAGUGAACGUUUCCUGAAGAGCUUUAAAAUGAUCUUGAGCUGUAUCAGAAAAAGUAUAAGAGUACAUAGGCUAGUAUAGAUACGGAAGCCGAGAGGGGUCACAACAAACGCAAACGCCGCAACAAAUACAAAUGCGACAACACAACAAAAAGCCACAACGCACCAAAAAAAACACAACGGAAAUGACCGUGAGACUCUGUAUUUGUUGCGGCGUUUGCAUUAAAAUAAAUGUCACAACACAAAUGCACAUGCCGCAACACAUUAAAAAGCCACAACACAUCAAAAAGCCACAACGGAAGUGAC